AGGCAACUUUUCCCCUGAGUGUGUACUUUAGCACGGCCCGGGGAAGUUUGUUGUUAACAGUGAUUUGGGGGUAUACUCUAAACAGGGUCGAUGUGAGCUCAGCAGGCAGUAGUUUUAUUGAGGAUGUGAGUCAGUUAAAGUAUCAACAAUGCUGGAAAAGUUGUCACGCUGUUCCAACUCGGAGGGGGAACUUUUUAAUGGAAAGAGUCGGUGGACUUCGGCGGCAGUCGCUGUGGUCCUCCUGGGUGUGUUUGCUUCAUCUUGCUGGGCAGAAGAAGCAUCCUGUCAUGGAGCCUACGACCUCUACUUUGUUCUAGACAGGUCCGGAAGUGUCGCUAAUGACUGGGUCGAGAUCUACUCGUUCGUGAAGAACCUCACCGACAGAUUUGUGAGCCCCAGAACGAGAGUCUCGUUCAUCGUGUUCUCGGCCAGAGCAGAAGUCCUGCUGCCUCUGACCGGAGACGGAUACGAGAUAGAAAAUGGUCUGAAACGCUUGCGGGCCGUUAUGCCAGCAGGUGAAACGUAUAUGCAUGAGGGAAUAAAAGAGGCCUCAGUUCAGAUACAGGCGCAGAAGACCAAGUCUUCCAGCAUCAUCCUGGCUCUGACUGACGGGAAACUGGAAACCUACAUUCACGAGCUCACAGUGAAAGAGGCUGACAAGGCGAGGACAUUCGGAGCCCGUGUUUACUGUGUGGGUAUCAAGGACUUCGAUGAGCAGCAGCUUGCUGAUGUAGCGGACACCAAGGACCAAGUGUUUCCUGUCAAAGAUGGCUUCCAGGCACUCAAAGGCAUCGUCAAUUCUAUAUUAAAGCGUUCGUGCACAGAGAUCCUGAGUGUGGAGCCCUCCAGUGUCUGUGUGAACGAGUCCUUCGACAUCGUCCUCAGAGGGAACGGCUUCACUCUCGGCCGCAGCAACGAAGGCGUCCUCUGCAGCUUUAUAGUCAACCAGCAAACCUUCGACCAAAAGCCCAGUUAUGUGCGUAAUGACUAUCUGCUGUGUCCUGCUCCGGUGCUCUAUGAAGUGGGACAGACCAUGGAUGUUCUCAUCAGCCUCAACCAUGGCAAAUCCUUCAUCUCCAGCUCCUACACCAUCACUGCGUCCACAUGUUCGGAUGGUUGGGCAGUCGCAAUUGUCUUCCUGGUGCUGCUGAUCCUCGUCGCUCUGGCCCUCAUGUGGUGGUUCUGGCCCCUUUGCUGCACAAUAGUCAUCAAAGACCCGCCACCACCUCCUCCACCCUCCCGCCCUCCACCACCUGAGCCAGAGCCACUGCCUAAGUCAAAAUGGCCGUCUGUGGACGCCUCUUACUACGGAGGAAGAGGAGCCGGCGGGAUCAAACGCAUGGAGGUGCGGUGGGGGGAGAAAGGCUCCACCGAGGAGGGGGCCAGACUCGAGAAGGCUAAGAACGCCAUAGUGUCCAUGCCAGAGGAUUCAGAGGAGCCGAUGAUCAGACGCCCCCCCCCGAAGGCUGCCCCCACAAACCAUCACAUCGAGAACAAAUGGUACACUCCCAUCAAGGGUCGUCUGGAUGCUUUGUGGGCUCUCCUGGGCCGGCAGUAUGACCGAGUUUCUCUCAUGCGACCCUCAGACGCAGACAAGGGUCGGUGUAUGAAUUUCAACCGUGUGCAGCAUUAGUAGAGGGGAAGGCUGUGUGAAACCAACAUGUGCUGAUCGCUGUGGACAGAGAAGAAGUUCAGGUCUUUUGAAGAUUUCUAAUCCUGCAGCUCAAACCACUCUCUGCUCACACGGCUCUACUCUGCACACAAAGUUUCCUUCCUGGUUUUCUGCUCUUAAAAACACGGGGUGAAUGUUAAUAUUAACUCAAUAAGUUAUUAAACUACCUUUUUCUAUGAUCAAAUAUUUUUUUAAUUAAGAUGAAAAUAAGCAGAAGGGGCGCCCCAGCGUUCAAACUCGGUUAGCUUUUCGUGCGCACCGAAGGCUUAACAUAUUCUGACCAUAUUGUGCCUUCUCUGAAAAACCUAAUUUCAUGGACACAGACGGAAGCUAUCUAAAGAAAGAGAAAAAAACGGAGAGAAAGGGGCUGUUUGCCUUUGGCGUGGAAGUCGGAAUAAUCCCAGUGGGCCUCACAAGUGCAGAAGUCCGUUCCUUUCGGCAAUGUCUCAUCACAAAUCCUGUCCAACUUCAGUGUGCUGCUGCCCGCCGGCUGCCCUUUGACUGGCUUAUCUUGUCAUUUUAACACUGAGAAGUGCACACGCAUGACAAAUUGUAGACAGGAUGCCCCAAGGUAUUGGAAGGCACCAAGACUUUGCCCUGUAGUUUCUCGUUUUUUUGUUUUGUUAAGACACCUUCCUUUCAUUAUGCACUCGGGACAAGAAAAUUAAUAGAGCGUUAUUCGACCGCAGGACAGCCUCCUGACCAGGCGAUCUCCAGCUAGGUUUGAGGGAUUGAUGCCUUGAAGACCUUGACAUGGCGCUUGGUGUUUUUUGCCCCUGUUUUCAGUGCAGUCUGCUCUCUGCUCAGUAAGGCGUAGCACAUCACUGCCCAUAAACCGGCCUAUCAGUUAAGACUUCAGAGAUAUAGAUACAGCUGCCCGGACCCUCCUCUGCCCACCGCCUCAAUCCUCCGAGGGGCUUCCCGGACGCGUCACAACCCACUAGUUCCCUUGGCACCAGAAUAUCAAAGUUUAAUUAAAAUAAUUAAAGGCAACAGCAAGCAGCAGCCUGUGAAGACUUGGCUGUCUCUUUUUUAUGCCUUUUGACAUUGAAUGACCUAUAACUGCGUUCUUCUCAGGAAAAAAGAGGACACUGCGCCGCGGUGACGCUGCGCCACGUCCAAAACGCAAACCCAAAGUAACGGAUGCGACGGACGGAUAAGUAUUGUUCAUUUCCAGAAAUUAUGUCCCCCCUCCGCCCCCCCUCCACCCCUCACCCCAAAAAGCAGGGUAUAUAUACUUAUAUAUAUUGUGGAUUUGUCAAGCGUGCUGUCAUGACGCCAAUCCCAAAUGAUGUUAGUGUGAGCGGAAACACUGUGGGGGAGGAAAGGGGGCAGCAGCUGAAGAAAAAGGCUCGAAUGAUCCAGUCACUUUGGAUACCGUACCUCAGAUGAAAAAUGGAUAUUCGAGUCGAAACCUGACAAAGCGCGCCGGCUUUGACGGGAAGCGGUAUAGACAAUGACCAGUGGCUGGGUCAGUGGGAUGUCUCUGUGCAAGCAGGGAAGCUUAUCAAAUGACACUAAAAAUAAGUUCAACAACCAUCAAGUUUGAGGGGGAAUGGGUCUCACACUCGGCGGGCACGAGGGCGUGCUCCACGCCACUCUAAUUAUUCCUUUGUUUCCUCUCCGUCCCGAUCGCAGGGACAUAAAUAAUUCCAAAUCAAAUUCCUCGGGGUGUGCUGGUAUUUAUGUCCGACUUAAACGCUUUUAACCUCUUGCAUAAUUUUGUGGGCUGACAUUUAAUAGGCUCAUCAGCCUCUCGCUGGACGGUCGCCGGACGAGGAGAUUUUAGUACUCGGAUCUUUUUUUAUGUUACAACCAAGAGCACAGGAAUGUUAUUAACCCGAACUAAUGAGAUAUUUACAUAGCAGUCACAACACGAGUCGGCCCGCUAAUAACACGUCACAUGCCCCCCCCCCCCCCCCGUGUCCCCUCCACUCAUCAUGCUAUGCAUAAUAUUCAUUUUACCACCUAUUGUUGGAGAUUUUUUAUAAGUAUUUGUUGAAUUUCUGUGUGCCUUUUUGAUAUUUGAUUAAGAGAAAAAAAGUAUUAUUGUAUUUCUGCACUUCAGUGAAAAAAAGUUUUAAAAAAUGUAUAAUUUAAUUUAAAACAAUGUAUUCGCUUAGACCAACUUAUUAUCAAAUCGAAAAAGUAGAUUGUCACAAUUGUUGAUUUAUCUUUGGCUCAUUUUCAUCAAAACAUUUUUUUUUUUUUGGACUGAAUUUCAUUUGCAUGCACUAUAUCUGCUACAUUAUUUCAGUUGCAAAUAAUGUAAUUCAUAAUUUUAUGAUGUUUUAAUUGUAUAGUUGUUCUGUUAUACUGCCUUUUUAUAUUCACGUAGCACCUUUAAGUCCAGGUUCCAGGCACACAAGCUGCACAAAUGUGAGAGUUUAUACAAAAGAAAGAAAAUUAUGUUUUUUUGCAACGCUUUUUUUAUGAGUUUGUACACUGUUAUUAUUUUCUACUUGUCUUACUUGCCUGUAUGUUGUGUCAAAUAUAUAUUCAUGAAAGCGA